AUGAUUGUUAGAAAUGUGGUGAUGAAUGGAGGCGGUGGUCUUUCGAUUUCGGCGGCCGUUCUCUCUCUCUCUCUCUCUCAUAUUUCGAUUUUGGCAGCCGGAAAUCCUUUCACUCCGCCUCUCAUCUUCCUCCUCCGGUCCUCUCUAUCCGCCGCUCCUCUUCCUCCUCCGGUCCUUUCUAUCGCCGGCCGUUUAUCUCUCGCCGUCGAUCUCUUUGUCAGCGGCCGUUUCUCUCCCGCCGUCGAUCUCUUCGUCGGUGACCGUUCUGUCCCUCCGCCGCUACUCUUUCUCCGCCGGUCCUCUUUCUCUGCUGCUCCUCCUUCUCCGGCGGUCCUCUCUCUCACGCCGUCCGUUUCUCCCCGCCGGUCCUUCUCCCUCCGCCGAACAUCUCUCGUCUAA